GACAACUACUAUGCUUUCCGGAAUGAGAAGCGUUAGACCAAAUUUCCAAAUAUAACAUGUAAAGCAACCUAUUUAGAUAAAGGCUUAUCAAGAUGCUGCAAUCCCCAUUAAGUCCACAUGAUUUGACUGCCCAGCUAACCACAUUUAAAUCCUAUGUGGCAUUGAUUGCUGACCCCACACCAGGAAUUGUUGAGAAAAAGCUGAAAGCUGCACAGGAGUUAAGUGAAAACUUUGAGAGUGUUGUACAAUCACCCCAGUACCCACAGUUCUUAUGUGAUGCCUUGAAAGUAUUCCUCAAAAUCCUGGAUGAUGGAGAACCUCAAUUCAUUGCUGAACAGAACAUGCAGCAAUUACGGAAGCUGAUGCUGGAAAUCAUUCAUCGUAUACCAAGUAAUGAGCAUUUGAAGAAAUAUGUACAACAGAUUUUAUCUCUAAUGUUCAAACUGCUAAAGAUUGAGAAUGAAGAAAAUGUGAUAGUAUGUCUGAGAAUUAUUAUAGAAUUACAUAAACAGUACAGACCUCAGUAUAAUGAAGAGAUCAAGGACUUUUUGCAGUUUGUUAAAAAUAUAUACAAUGGUUUACCAAACCAUUUACCAAAAAUAUUUGAACCAAGGAAUCAAAUUAAAGUAAAAGAUGUUACAGAGAUAAAUGUGGACCAGUUAUUACAGGAGACUUUUACUACAACUACAAUACUCACAGACAAGAAAAACGCUGACAAUCAAAAUAUCUCUUACAACAUAAUCCCCAAAGGAACUUUGUCUCUGAAAGUGUUAGCAGAGCUGCCUAUAAUUGUUGUGUUAAUGUAUCAGUUAUAUAAACCUAAUGUUCACCAAGAAGUCGCAGAAUUCAUUCCACUAAUCAUGAAUACAAUUAUCUUACAACCAUCUGCUGUUCAAAGGGCUAGUCCAUCCUUCAACAAGGAGAUAUUUGUUGAUUUCAUAGCUGCUCAGAUUAAAACUUUAUCCUUCUUAGCCUACAUUAUCAGAAUAUACCAGGAACAAGUUCAAACUCACUCAGCGCAGAUGGUGAAAGGCCUGCUGGGAUUGUUAACAUUUUGUCCACAGGAAGUGGCACAUUUGCGCAAAGAAUUACUAAUUGCAGCCAGACAUAUAUUAGCUACAGAUUUACGCAAUAAAUUUGUAACCUGUAUAGAUCAGCUAUUUGAUGAGAAUGUGCUUAUUGGAACUGGCUGGACCACAUAUGAAUCACUAAGACCACUAGCUUACAGUACAUUAGCAGACUUAGUACAUCAUGUUAGACAAUCACUACCACUCAGUAAUUUGUCUCUGGCUGUAAAUUUGUUCUCUAAGAAUGUCCACGAUGAUUCCUUACCCAGUAGUAUACAGACCAUGUCAUGUAAACUCUUACUUAACUUAGUGGAAUGUAUCCGGGCUAAGAGUGAACAAGACAAUGGAAAUGGUAGAGAAUUGCUAAUGAGAAUGUUAGAAGUCUUUGUACUCAAAUUUAAGUCAAUAGCUAAAAUACAGCUUCCACAGAUUCUUCAGAAAUGUAAACAACAACCCCAGACUACCCAGACCUCAACAUUUGAUUCCAAAGUGGACACUAAAGUGGACACCAAACCAGUACUAGAACCACAGAAACAGCCUUCACCUGACACAGUACUGGACAAUAAACUACCUUCCUCUCUGUUGAAUGAUCCCUCCUCUAAAGAUAAAGAUGACAAGGUGUGGCCAGAUAAAUCUACCAACAGAUUUGGUAUUACCCCAGGGCAGACCAGUACCUAUACUGUUAAUGACUGUAGAAGUCUAGUCAAGACAUUAGUGUGUGGAGUUAAAACUAUAACCUGGGGCAUUGUCUCAUGUAAAGCCACUGGAACAGAAGCCACAACAAUACCAGCCAAGCAAUUUUUGCCAAAAGAAACACUUGUUUACAUAAGACUUGUGAAAUAUGCUCUUCAAGCCUUAGACAUCUAUACUAUAAAUGUAUCACCCACUGGGCAGGCUGUCAUCAGACCAGCAGUUGUUCAGAGUGUAAGAACUAAAGAAGAGAAAGAGGUAUUGGAACACUUCGCAGGGGUGUUCAACAUGAUGCACACUCAGACAUUCAAAGAAAUAUUUUCAACAACAGUGGAGUAUAUGGUUGAUAGAAUCCAUAAUAAUUAUGCACUACAGAUAGUAGCUAAUUCAUUCUUAGCCAAUCCUACAACAUCGCCAACAUUUGCUACAAUACUGGUGGACUAUUUACUCGCAAGAUUAGAAGAAAUGGGAUCUAACAUGGACAGAUCUAACUUGUAUCUGAAGUUGUUCAAACUGGUGUUUGGUUCUGUUUCAUUAUUUGCUGCAGAAAAUGAACAAAUGCUGAAGCCUCAUCUGCAUGUCAUAGUAAACAGAUCUAUGGAGUUAGCUAUGAGUGCCAAGGAACCAUACAAUUAUUUCCUGUUACUGAGGGCAUUAUUUAGGUCAAUAGGAGGAGGAAGUCAUGACCUUUUGUAUCAGGAGUUUCUACCAUUACUUCCAAAUCUACUGCAAGGAUUAAACAGUUUACAGAGUGGUUUACAUAGACAGCAUAUGAAAGAUUUAUUUGUGGAGCUUUGUUUGACUGUACCUGUCCGUUUGAGUUCCCUUUUACCUUACUUACCAAUGUUAAUGGAUCCACUUGUAUCAGCAUUAAAUGGAUCACAGACUCUUGUCAGUCAGGGCUUGAGAACAUUAGAAUUAUGUGUAGAUAACUUACAGCCAGACUUCCUUUAUGAUCAUAUCCAACCUGUCAGGGCUGAACUAAUGCAGGCAUUAUGGAAGACGUUGAGAAAUCCAGUAGAUAACAUUGCUCAUGUAGCAUUCAGAGUAUUGGGGAAAUUUGGUGGUGGAAAUAGAAAAAUGUUACGAGAACCACAGAGGCUUCAGUAUAACGACAAAGAAACAGCUGGUCCAUGUAUUACAAUAUACUUCCAAGACUCCAAAACACCUAUAACACUUCCUGUAGAAAAGGCUAUAGAUGCAGCAUUGACGGCCUUGAAAUGUAGUACAACAGAGAACUUUGUACGACGUCAAGCUUGGGAACUUAUUAAAUGUUUCCUUGUUUCUGUUAUGAAUCUGGAAGAUGACAAACAAACACUGACUUAUCUCUUCACUCACACAAGUUUUACAGAAAAUGAGGUUCCCCUUCAAACUGGACCAUUGUAUAAAACACCAGACUCCCACUCCCGAAAAGUCCAUGAGCAGGCAUUAACUGGAAUGUUUGUUGCUGCUGCUAUCAAGGAACUAAGACAGACAGCACUGCCAUUCAUGGCUUGUAUGGUCAGACAUUACACUAUGAUAUCUAUCUCUCAGCAAACAGGUCCAUUUCCUGUUGGAGAUAAGCAGAACAAAUUACAUGGUAUGGAUACACAGAUCUUGAUUGAUGCUCUGGCUGUUAUCAUGGGACAUGAAGAGAAAGAGCUGUGUAAGCCAGGCAAUCUGGCCCUUGUCCUCAUUCUAGAUACUGCCACUACUAUACUGGGGUCUAAAGAAAAGGCCUGCAGGUUACCAACCUUCGAUUAUUUAGUAGAAAGAAUGUGUUCCUUAUGUUAUGAGAGAGCUUGGUAUGCUAAAGUUGGAGGGUGUCUAGCUAUUAAGUUCAUGUACGAGAGAAUGGCCUUGAACUGGGUACUGGAACACCAGUUUUCAUUCCUGAAAGCCUUGUUGUUUGUUAUGAUGGACCUUACUAAAGAGGUAUCUAGUGGGGCCGUCGACUUAGCCAAACAUAAUCUGGAGAACAUGUUAGUCAAAUGUUCACAAGAGAUUACGCAAUGUAAGGAGAAUGAAGAAUUACUGGCUGCUCAAAAGAAAUCCUUCCAUGAAGUAACCCAUGAACUAGUUAGACAGAUAACAUCUCCCAACACCAUUGUUAGAGAACAGGCAAUGCACUCUUUAGAGAUAUUGGCUAAGACAACAAAGAAGUCAAUAACAGAGAUCAUGGAACCUCAUAAGGAUGUUUUACAAGAUAUGAUCCCUCCAAAGAAACAUUUACUGAGACAUCAACCUGCUAAUGCUCAGAUUGGAUUAAUGGAUGGGAAUACAUUCUGUACUACAUUGGAACCAAGGUUGUUUACUAUAGAUCUAAAUGUAUUGGAGCAUAAUGUCUUCUUCACAGAGUUACUUAGCCUGUGUGAAGCAGAAGAUGCUGUAUUGUUAAAGCUUCCUUGUUAUAAAUCUGUCACAGAUCUGGUACCUCUUAGGAAAAGUGCACUCAGAGCUUUAGCAGCUUGUCAUUACAUUGCCAACAGAAGAGAGAAGAUAUUCAAUGUACUUUACAAAGCUCUCAACAGUAACAGUACAGAUUUACAAGAAGUAGCUCAUAACUGCAUGAAAAAGUUUAUAUCUGGCUGUCAGAUUGAUAUGGAAAGUGUUCACCAAGCCAUUAGACCAUUACUUCUGACAUUAGGGGAUCACAGAAGUCUGAACUCCAACGUUAUCAAACGUUUAUCAUACAUCACACAGUUGUUCCCUAAUACAUUCAAUGAAAAACUUUGUGAACAAUUGUUGACUCAUUUGAAGAAGUGGUUAGAAGUGGCAGCUAUUAGUCAAAAGAGUGGACAAAGUAAAGCUAACGGAGAGGUAAUAGCUCAGGAACUGAAGACAUGUGCUUCAAUUAUCAAUAUCUUCCACAUGAUACCAGCAGCAAGUCAGAAGUUAAUAGAACCUUUAGUGGUGUUAACUCUGCAUGGAGAGAAAGCAAUGUUUCUAGAGGCUGGCAGUCCUUUCCGUGAUCCACUUGUGAAGUUUUUAUUACGAUAUCCAGAUACUGCCAUAGAACUAUUUCUUCAAGAAUCUCAUCUACAAGAUCAACAGUGGACAAGAUUAUUUGAAUUUGUUUUAGCACAUAAAGAUGGUAAACCUUUAAGAGAAAUCUUAGAAAAAAGUCCACAAAGACUGAUAGCUCUAACACAGGGACAGUCUGCUGUGGUUGAUAUAUCAGCUUCUCCUACAUCUCUACCUGCUGGAACAGGGACACAGGACAUGCAAUACCAGAUGAUUUCUAUUAUUAGCAUACUUGUAAGAUGUGAAGAGGAAUGGCUGUCUAAAAAUGUGGAAAUUCUGGAACAUCUCUUAUCCUUGUGGAAAACAGACACAUUUCAAGACAGACAUGAUAAAGUUGAUAGUGUAGAUUAUAUUCAAUGGAAAGAACCUGCUCUAUUGGUUAAAUGUUUGUUGAAUUAUUUCAAAUACCACAUAGAUGAAGUAGAACUGUUAUUCAAUGUCCUGAGAUGUUUUACAUACAGAUAUAUAGUACAGUUCCAGUUUGUCAAGGAUUACUUGGAGAAAACUGUUGCUGCUACUUACACAAUAGACUGGAAAAGGAAUUCUUUUUUCAAGUUUGUAGAUCUUUUUCAUGAUCCAAGUUGGAGUCAGGAUUUAAAAUCUAAGAUACUCCAGUAUGUAAUAAUACCCUGUUGUCAGCAUGCCUUUGAGAGUGGUGACGGAGAGAAACUGAUAGGAGGACCACCAACACCAGACCAAGAUAGUCAGGAGAAUGUCAUCAGUGUUUUUAUAAAUAGAAUAAUUGACCCAGACAAACCAUUUGGAACGUCAGAUGCUGUUAGAAUUCUAUUAUUACAAUUAUCGUCCUUGUUGGUGGAGCAGGCAUCCUCACACAUACAUGAUGCUAAUAAUAAGAAACAAGGGAACAAACUUCGACGGUUGAUGACAUUUGCCUGGCCAUGUUUAUUAUCAAAGAACUGUGUUGAUCCUGCUACCAAAUAUCAUGGACAUCUGUUGCUGUCUCAUAUCAUUGCUAAGUUUGCCAUUCAUAAAAGAAUUGUUCUUCAGGUUUUUCAUAGUUUGCUGAAAGCACAUGCUGUGGAAGCUAGAAGUGUUGUCCGUCAGGCUUUAGAAAUAUUGACACCAGCAAUGCCAGGAAGAAUGGAGGAUGGAAAUGGAAUGUUAACACAUUGGACCAAGAAGAUAAUAGUAGAAGAAGGUCAUACUGUAGCACAGCUGGUACACAUACUUCAGUUAAUAGUACGUCAUUACAAAGUAUAUUACCCAGUUCGACAUCAUCUGAUACCGCACAUGGUCAACUCAUUACAAAGACUGGGAUUUACUUCUAGUGCUUCAUUAGAGCAUCGUAAACUAGCAGUAGAUUUGGCUGAAGUUAUCAUAAAAUGGGAAAUGCAAAGAAUAAAGGAAGAUGUUGAGUGUGUAGAUAAAGAGCCACCUGAUGAUGUAACUAACGCUUUGAACCAGAAUGUACCAGCAAAGAGAACUUCAGCAUCAGUUACAUCUGUCGACUCUCCUCAGGAACCUAAAAGAUCGAGACAUUCUUCUGGAGCUGUAAGUAAUCAGAGUGUUGUCCUUGAAGGUCAGGACAAACUUUCAGAGAGUAGUACCAGAAGUUUAACAGAUGUUAACAGACCUAUUGACAAACAUUCAUGUGAUGCUGUUGUUAACUUCCUGUUAAGGAUUGCUUGUCAGGUCAAUGAAACCCCAGGCUCUCCAGGAGAACUGUUAUCCAGAAGAUGUGUUAGUCUACUGAAGCCAGCCUUAAGACCUGAUUUCUGGCCAAAUGCAGAAUUAAAACUAGCUUGGUUUGAUAAACUCCUGACAUCUGUAGAGAACCAUCAACCAAACUUCAACAACAUCUGUACAGCCCUGGAAUUACUAAGUUUCCUUUUACAGAUUCUGAAAAAAGAGACAAUUUUAUCUAGCUUCAAACCCCUACAGCGAGGUAUUGCUGCAUGUAUGACCUGUCCCAACACCAAAGUGAUUCGUGGAGUACAUACCUUACUAUCUAGAUUGAUGAGUUUCUUCCCAACAGAACCAGCUACAUCAAAUGUGGCAUCUAAAUAUGAGGAAUUGGAAUGUCUAUACGCCUGCGUCAGUAAAGUGGUGUAUGAGGGGCUAACUGCUUAUGAAAAAGCCACAACAGCAGGAUCUCCCUCUCAGUUGUUCAGUACUUUGAUGAUACUAAAGGCAGCCUGUAUGCACAAUCAAUGUUAUAUAGAUAGACUUAUUACAACUUUCAUGAAAGUUUUACACAAGAUGGCAAGAGAACAUCUGACUCCAACAACACCAGAAACUAGUCCAGUUGCCAGUGAAUUAUUGAUCCUAAGUUUAGACCUUGUGAAAAAUCGUGUUGGUGUGAUGAGUUUAGAGAUGAGGAAAUCCUUCAUUGGUCAGAUAUUGGUUGGUUUGAUUGAGAAAACUACAGACAGUAAAGUAAUGAAGGCUAUAACAAAAAUGGUGGAGGAUUGGGUUAAAACAAAGACUGCUAUUGCCAUUAACCAGUCUCCAGUUAUUCGAGAAAAGGCUAUUCUAUUGGUUAAACUGAUGCAAAAUGUCGAAAAAAGAUUUCCUGAUGAAUCUGAACUUAAUGCUCAGUUUCUCGAACUAGUCAACUAUAUUUAUAGAGAUCAGAGUCUGAUAGGUACAGAAUUAACAUCUAAAUUAGAACCAGCCUUCCUUGGUGGAUUAAGAUGUAACCAGCAUCACAUCAGACAGAAAUUUGUUGAGGUGUUUGACAGUAGUAUACCAAAGAAGAUAUUUGACCGACUACUGUAUAUUACAUGUUCACAGAAUUGGGAAGCCAUGAGUAGUCAUUUCUGGAUAAAACAAUGUACUGAGCUUUUGCUCUCUGUUGCUGUGUCGGGUCAUGCCAUUCAGAGUUCAUCCUCCAUGAACCUGUUACCAUCAGCCAGUAGUGUUGUGAACCUAGCAGACAGCCAGGAUAGAGCAGCAUUUGCCACAUUGAUGAAGAUCAAAGAAGAACCAAUGGAUGUCGAAUCUGUAGACUCUAACAAGGAAGAGGAAGAGAUAGAGAUGGAACUUAGUGGUGUAACAUCAGAUGACAACUGUAGUAAAGAACCUCCAAAGAAGGAAACACAUGACCAAAAACAAAACAUUAACACUUUACUACAGAGACAGGCAAAGUUCUUAGAGAGUUGUAGGGAAGUCAAGACAUUAUCUUACCUAGGUGCUCUGUCCCAGUUAAAUCACAGUAACACUGAGCUGACACAUGUCAUAUGGAUCGACCUCUUUCCAAGGAUAUGGAAAAUAUUAUCUGAGAAACAACAACAGAUUCUUGGUGGAGAAUUAAUACCAUUUAUGUGCAGUGGAAGUCAUGUGAUACAGAAAGAUUGUCAUCCCAGUUCUAUACACACUUUCUUGGAGGGACUAUCACAUUGUGUACCUCCUGUACAAAUACGAGCUUGUGUCAUGAAAUACCUUGGUAGAACACACAACAUGUGGCACAGAUCAUGCUUACAACUUGAACAAAUGGCGUUUGAUAAUGGUGCCUCAUUACUGAUCAAAUCUAGACCAAUCAGUGAAUACGAAUUUGAACCGGUCACUUCACCUCAACAGGAAUCACUAGAUGCCUUAUGUGAACUGUAUGCAUUACUCAAAGAGGAAGAUAUGUUGGUAGGAAUUUGGCAGAAGAGGUCAAAGUUUAAUGAAACUAAUACAGCAUUAGCAUAUGAACAGCAUGGCUUCUUUGAGCAAGCACAAGACCACUAUGAGAAGGCCAUGUCAAAGGCUCGUCAGGAUCAUAAUUCAGGACCAGCCUCACCCUCAGUAUUACAGGAGUACAGACUCUGGGAGGAACACUGGAUAAGAUGUUCCAAGGAGUUGAACCAGUGGGACCUGAUGUUAGAGUAUGCCAACUCUAAAGGAAACACCAAUCCUCAUCUAGUGUUAGAAAGUGCUUGGAGAGUUCCUAACUGGGCUCUGAUGAAGGAUGCUCUGUCACAGGUUGAAUUAAGCUGUCCUAAGGAACUAGCGUGGAAAGUGAACCUAUUCAGAGGAUAUAUUGCCAUCUGUCAACCUGAAGAACACCAUCUUAACAUGGUAACCAUGAUUGAGAGACUAGUGGAAGUAUCGAGCCAGUUAGCCAUCAAGGAAUGGAGACGUUUACCUAACAUUGUAUCACAUAUUCAUGUACCACUACUACAGGCAGCACAACAGAUAAUGGAGCUACAAGAGGCUGCCCAGAUAAACCAAGGAUUACAACCAGCUAAUAUCAACAGGGGAUCUAGUCUACAUGAUAUGAAGGCUAUUGUGAAAACAUGGAGAAAUAGAUUACCGAUGAUAUCCGAUGACCUGUCACACUGGGGAGAUAUAUUUGCCUGGAGACAACACCAUUAUCAGUUCAUUGUCAAUCAUUAUGAUUCACAUGCUCAACAAGAUCCUCAAAACAGUAACCAUUCCAUGUUAGGAGUUCAUGCUUCAGCACAAGCUAUCAACCAUUUUGGGAAAAUUGCCAGAAAACAUAAUUUAACAGGAGUUUGUUUAGAUUCACUCAGCAGAAUCCACACAAUUCCCAGUGUGCCUAUUGUUGAUUGUUUCCAGAAGAUUAGACAACAAGUAAAGUGCUAUCUUCAAAUGUCUGGUACUAUGGGCAAAAGUGAACUGAAUGAGGGACUUGAAGUAAUUGAAUCAACAAACUUGAAGUACUUUACCAAAGAAUUUACAGCAGAGUUUUACGCUCUGAAGGGCAUGUUCCUUGCUCAGAUUGGUCGAUCAGACGAUGCUAACAAAGCCUUCUCUGCUGCAGUACAGAUGCAUGACACAUUAGUAAAAGCUUGGGCUCUGUGGGGAGAUUACUUAGAAACUGUCUUUACCAGAGAUAGCAAACAACUGAACCUUGGUGUAUCUGCUAUAACCUGUUUCCUUCAUGCUUGUCGACACCAGAAUGAAAGCAAGUCGAGGAAGUAUUUAGCCAAAGUUCUAUGGCUUCUGACAUAUGAUGAUGAGAAGUCAACAUUAGCUGAAGCUGUAGACAAAUAUUGUGUGGGAGUGCCACCAAUUCAGUGGCUUCCAUGGAUACCUCAGUUGCUAACUUGUUUGGUUAGAAGUGAAGGACGUUUGAUUAUGAACCUUUUGAGUCAAGUUGGACGUAUGUAUCCUCAGGCAGUCUACUUCCCGAUCAGAACCUUGUAUCUGACACUAAAAAUAGAACAGAGGGAAAGACACAAAACUACAGAUAAUGGUCAAGGUCGACCUGCAACUACUACUGCAGGUCAGAGUUCAACGUCUGCUGCAGCAGUCUCUACAUCAAUAUCUUUGAGUACACCUACAACUCCAGAGCCAACCAUGUCCUCAAGUGACACAUCUGAUUCAUCCUUAUCUUCACAAGGAAAGCAGCCAGGUCAGUCUCUAACUGGUGAUGCUGGACCAAUCAGAGCACCUGCUCCUAUGUGGAGGUGUAGUAAAAUCAUGCACAUGCAGAGGGAGCUACAUCCUACUAUACUCAACUCUCUGGAGGGAAUUGUUGACCAGAUGGUAUGGUUUAGAGAAAAUUGGUAUGAAGAAGUUCUGAGGCAGUUAAAGCAAGGAUUGGCCAAAUGUUAUGCUGUUGCUUUUGAAAACAGAGGAGCAGUUGCUGAUGCUACCAUCACUCCACAUACAUUGAACUUUGUGAAGAAAUUAGUGAGUACAUUUGGUGUUGGGAUAGAAAACGUGUCAAGUGUGACUACAACGUUCUCUAGCGCAGCUUCAGAGAGCCUAGCCAGGAGAGCACAGGCAACAGCACAAGAUCCAGUCUUCCAGAAAAUGAAGAGCCAGUUUACUACUGAUUUUGAUUUUAGUGUCCCUGGAUCUACAAAACUUCACAAUUUGAUUAACAAACUGAAGAAAUGGAUCAAGAUAUUAGAAGCCAAAACAAAACUUCUUCCAAAAUCUUUCUUGAUUGAAGAAAAAUGUAGAUUUCUAAGUAAUUUUUCACAACACACAGCAGAAGUAGAGCUACCUGGUGAAUUCCUCCUUCCAAAGCAUAGUCAUUAUUAUGUAAGAAUAGCCAGAUUUAUGCCACGUGUAGAAAUAGUACAGAAACACAACACUGCUGCUAGACGACUUUAUAUCAGAGGACAUAAUGGCAAGAUUUAUCCCUACUUAGUGGUAAAUGAUGCCUGUCUGACAGAAUCUAGAAGAGAGGAAAGAGUUCUACAGUUACUUAGAAUGCUCAAUCAUUUCCUGACUAAGCAGAAGGAAACGUCUAGACGAUUGUUGUAUUUCACUGUACCAAGAGUAGUAGCCAUCUCACCACAGAUGAGACUGGUAGAAGAUAAUCCUGCAUCUGUUUCUCUGUUGGAUGUAUACAAACAGAGAUGUGCAAAGAGAGGAAUAGAGCAUGACUCACCAAUAGCUCGUUAUUAUGAGCGAUUAGCAACAGUUCAGGCUAGAGGUUCACAGGCUAGCCAUCAGGUUCUCAGAGAUGUGUUGAAGGAGGUCCAGAACAACAUGGUACCUAGAGGUUUACUGAAGGAAUGGGCAGUUCAUACCUUCUUGACAGCUACAGACUACUGGACAUUUAGAAAAACAUUGACACUGCAUCUAGCAUUGAUGGGUUUUGCUGAGUUUGUUCUCCAUCUGACCCGUAUGAACCCUGAUAUGAUGUAUUUACACCAGGAUUGUGGUUACCUCAAUAUCUCAUACUUCAAAUUCGACAUAGAUGAUCAAACAGGAGAGCUUGAUGCCAAUAGACCAGUUCCGUUCAGAUUGACACCUAACAUUGCUGAGUUCCUUACAACCAUAGGAGUGAUAGGGCCCCUUACAGCAUCAAUGGUGGCAGCAGCUAGAUGUUUGGUACAACCACAAUAUAAACUACCAAGUUUUCUUAAAGCUAUCCUCAGAGAUGAAUAUAUAACUUGGCAUAAAAAGAAACAAGAAGAAUUACUACCAGGGGCAGAACCUACUGAUAUGGAGGGAGAACAACUAAUUACCAUGGUUAAUAAAGCAGUGUCAGCUAUUACAACAAGACUUCAUAAUUUAGCAACAUUCGAAGGAGCAGAGAGUAGAGUUAGUACAUUAGUAGCAGCAGCAAACAGUCAUGAUAAUUUAUGUAGGAUGGACCCUGCCUGGCAUCCUUGGUUGUAAGAACUUGAUAGAACUAAUAACAUUGACCAGGAAUUGAUAUUCUUGCAGAAUGAAAUUUAUUAUUUGAUUAAAUGUGGCUAGCUGAAGAAACCCACCAGCAUGAUAGCUGUUCUAGAGUGGAGCAAGCUUGACAAUGUGGUCAAGCUACUUCAGGAAUACAUAUAACAAAUAAUACUGUAUGGUUUGUGGGCCAGAUUUCUGAUCCUUCUGUAAUUGAGAAAUAAAAUAUUGUUUCAUCUCAUAUCUCAUUUGAUCAAUAUUGUGUAAACUAUGUGAAUAGAUACCUUAGUAAAUCUUAGGGUCAAUUAACAACUUUGAACUCAGAUUUCACUUUUGUCAGUCAAUGAACUUUUUUCUCUGACUAACAAUGUUAAGCCAAUUUACAUAUACUUUGUAAAGCACAGGCUGUAAAUAUGUAGAUACUUGUAUUAUAGAAGGUCUGAAUCUCUUUGAUUGGGUUGUAACGAUUGUUAAUGUGGAUACUUGAUAUACAUUAUUGUUAUGGCAAAUGCUCACAUCUGAACAGAAAUAUUCUAUUUCAAAAUGUGAGUUAGGCAUUUUAUGUAAAUAGUGUUUUUAAAAUUUUAUAAUUUUGUUAAAAUGUAUGUUAAUGAUCUGAUCAACUUUUGUUUUAAUGAAUGAAGUAUACUUUUACUAUUGUAACAAAAACAUCAAUGAUAUCUAGGAUUAUGGAAAAAGCAUGUAUGUAUAUAUUUGUGUGUGUAAAUAACAACAUUUUCAUGUUAACUUUGAUAAGGUAUAUUUCAAUUAAAUUAUUAAGUUUUCAUCACAUAUAUAUUCAAAGUCACUUAUACAUAGUAUAUUAUUUCAUUUGUAUAUUAAUCAUAUAUUUGUUUUGAAGAAAGGUAUGAAUAUUUUUCAGUCACAAUGUUUGCAUAGAAAUUGUUGUUUAUGUAUAUAACAUUAAGAUGAUAUGAAAUGUUUUUGAAUGUGAUAAAUGUCUUUUACAAAAGUAAUUUUCCUUUAAAAGGGAAUGCAAUUUUGAUAUGUGAAUGAACUUAUAAUUAUUUGAUUGUUAGAAAGUAUCAUGCUAGAGAAAUAGGUAAGAAAUUACUGAUAAUUUCAUAUGGACUAAACUUGAAUAUCAAUUGGUGAAUCUAAGUUGAAGGCUUUUUCAUUAAUAAGAAAUUUGUUUUAUUUACUUUUUAAUGAUCAAGUAUUUCAAAAGCAGAUUAUAAAUUUUUACAGGGUCUUUAAAUGUAUAAUGGAUCAAUAUUUAACAUUUUGUAUAUUUGUAGGCAGCUCAUUUUGGAAAAAAAGACAUCUGUUUUAAUAUAAAAGAUACAAUAUAAAAAUGGAAUCUGCAAAUGAAUGAAUAAAUUAAAAAACUUUAUGCUAUAACUAUCAUUGUGUCUAGGUAUAACAUGUAUAAAUUAAUUUGGACAAUAUAUUGUUUCAGUGUAAAACCUGUUCACUUUGAUGCAAUAAAAUA